ACGCCAUGUUUGAUUGUGGAGUGUGAUCGGCGCUUCGCUCGGCCGGCCGCCCGCCCUCCCUCCCUGGGCUUCAUUUUAGUGUUUUGUCUCGAUUCCCUGGCGCGGGUGGGAGGGCGUGGUGAGGAGAGAUUCUCCCGUUCGUUAGCGGUGGCGGAGGAAGCCGCCGGGCCGGAUGGAGGCGCGGCUGCCGCAGUCGCUGUGAAGAGAGAAUCGGGGUAGCACUCGCCCAGAAGAGUAUUGGUGAUGAUGCACCAUGGCAGUGGUCCACAAAAUAUACAGCGCCCACUGCAGAGAUCUAAGUCGUAUACAGGCGGUGAGGGAGAUGAUCAGACUGCAUUACCCCAGUCUCCCGCCACAGCAUUUGCUCCGGCCCUCAGUCCUGUACCACGCACUGUGGCCAGUCCUUCUGGGCCUCAGUCACCGAGUUACCAACUGCAGCAGCUUAUAAUGAACCGGAGUCCGGUAUCCGCCCAGAACGUCAACAUCACCCUGCAGAAUGUGAGCCAAGUGAUGGCUGGGAGUCAACAAAUUACCUUGGCUCCCCUUCCGAUUCAAAACCCGGCAUCCCCGGGGUUCCAGUAUGGCUCGCAGGCUGUGGGGCAGCAGAGGCGAUUUGAUCACGGAUCUCCAUCGUACAUUCAAGUCACCUCUCCUUUGCCUCAAGUCCAGCCACAGAGCCCCACGCAGCAUAGCCCUGCAUCAGUGUUACAGAACGUGCAACGGACAGGUGCAGCAGCCACAGGGCUAGGCAUGUGUAACCAGAGCCCAACCCGAGGAUUUGUGGAUGCCAACGUGCUGGUCAGGCAAUUGAACAUUAGCCCAUCCAGCGCCGGGCACUUUGUGUACCAGGACCCGUCCACCCUUGCUCAGAUCACUUCAAACGUCGGCGGGCAGAUGCAACUGACCGCGGCCAGCACAUCUGCUUCUGUGCCACGGGAACGCAGACUCUCGCAGCCUCACUCUCAGACUGGCGGAACCAUUCACCACCUCGGGCCCCAGAGCCCCGCAGCCAGUGGCGCUAUGCAACCCCUGCCUAGCCCAAGCCACAUCACCACGUCAAACUUGCCUCCGCAGAUCAGCAGCAUCAUACAAGGACAGCUGAUUCAGCAGCAGCAGGUCCUUCACGGUCAGCAGAUGGCCAGACCUGUAAGUUAUGAAAGGACACCUGCAGCCCUGACUGCAGGUGUGGUAGGGCCACCGGCCUUUGGGAUGACAUCUCCGGCACCUCCUUCUAGCCCGUCUCGGAACACUGUCGCUCAGAGCCUGACACCGACUUGUCUGACUCCCACCAGCAGUUGCACCCCGUUCGUGAGGAAACAACCAAAGAAGUUGGAAGAGAUUCCACCCGCCACCUCGGAGAUUUCUCAUUUGAGAAAGCAGUGUUUGGAGCACCAUCUGGCUGAAAUAGAGACUCUGAGAGAGACGUUUAAGGAUUACUUGAUUGAACUUUUCUUCCUUCAGCACCGUCAAGGAAAUAUGAUGGACUACUUAGCGUUCAGAAAGAAGCCGUGUCUAGCCUUGUUGGCAUAUUUGAAACAAAAUGACUUAGACCUGGAAGAAGAAGAAGAGGAAGAGCAAUCUGAAGUCAUUAAUGAUGAGGUAAAAGUGGUGACAGGAAAGGAUGGCCAGACUGGGACGCCAGUUGCCAUAGCAACACAGCUUCCCCCUAAUGUUUCUGCUGCAUUUUCAACACAGCAGCAGCAACAGUUUCAGCAAACACAUCAAGGUACCCCUGUGGCAGGCACAGCCAACACGGUGGAGAUUGAAGCAUUCAAAAGACAGCAAGCUUUGUCCCAAACAGAUCAGAAUAAAAGGCCACGGAUAGAAGGUGGUCGUCAUGGAAUGGUUUUCCAGCAUACAACUGUGACUACUUUAGGAUCUCCAGCUAUUGUUCCCUUACAGCAACUCAUGCCAACAGUGCAGGGUGGAAUGCCCCCUACUCCUCAGACGAUACAGCUCACUGGCCAGAAACAAAACCAACAGCAAUACGACCCUUCCAAAGGACCUCCAGUGCAGAAUGCAGCCAGCCUGCACACGCCUCCACCUCAGCUGCCUGGCAGACUGCAACCCACAGCGAUGCCGUUGACUUCACUCCCAACUACUAUUCAGUUGACGCAACAGCACGUAGUAGAAACCCAGCUGCAACCCCAUCCCCAGCUUCACCCCCAACCCAUUCUCCAACCCCAGCCCCAGCCUCAAAACCUUCCGCAGGUCAAGGCCCAGCAACCGUCUAUUUCUCUUUCCCAGUCUCAGACCCAGCUUCAGGUUCAGCUGCAGCAGCAGGUGCAAGCUUCACUUCACAUACCGAUGCAAACUCAACCGUCAGCACAACUCCAGCAGUCACAAGCACACCUUUCACAACAGCAGACUGUGACGUUGAUGCGAUCGACAAGCGACUCUGGCCAGGCAUGCCAACGAUUGAUUGCCAAUUCACUGCCUACCUCAUCCGUGCCACAAGUGACCCUUUCAGGGACAAUAUCCUCUGCUCCUGUACAUCAAGCAUUGACUAAUAGGACUCCCCUGGCUGCAAACAGGCCAGGGUCACCAAUCUCGCAGUCCAAGCAAGCGGGGCUGGUUAGCUUAUCCGUCACAGCACCACCUAAAACUCAAGCGGUGUUACAGAAUUCAUCACCAGUUUCACAGGAUAGCGCCUCAAAUGCACAAGAUAAAGUUGUUGAACAAGUUAAACAGGAAAAUCAGAUACAUCAACGAAUUGCUGAACUUAGGAAAGAGGGAUUGUGGUCAAUGAGAAGACUGCCACGACUGCAGGAAGCACCACGGCCGAAAUCUCACUGGGACUAUCUGCUGGAGGAAAUGCAGUGGAUGGCCGCAGACUUUGCUCAAGAAAGAAGGUGGAAGAUGGGCAUUGCUAAAAAGCUUGCGCGAACCGUUGUGCGUCAUCAUGAAGAACAGAAGCUGAAUGAAGAAAGAGCAAAAAAAGAAGAACAUGCCAAACUAAGGCGAAAAGCUGCUUUGGUUGCUAGAGAUGUCUUGCAAUUUUGGUGUAAUAUUGAAAAGGUUGUAGAAGUUAAAUUGCAGCUUUAUAUGGAAGAGCAGCGGAGAAAAGCAUUACAUUUACGAAGAGAAUCAUCAAACAGAGGUCAAAACUCUGUAUCUCCAUGGCCCAAGUCAGAAAAGCUGAGCGACAUAGAUCCAUUGGGCAGUGAAAGCAACAGGAAAGCCACUGAUUCGUUUGCUGGGAUUGAGGCUGCUGUGGAAGCAGUGGAAGACUGUGAAGAGACAAUUGAAGAACAGGAGGCCAUUGAAGGCAUCGUCGACCAUCAGACUGAAUUGGCAGAUUUAGCUAAACAAGCUGAAAUCCCUCUGGAAGACCUUGUUAGGCAGUAUGCUGGUGCUUAUUCAGAAAACUUUAACUGGCCAGCUCCAGAUUCUUCUGACAGUGAAGAUGACGACUAUGAGGAGGACGAAGAAAUAGAAGACGAGUUUGCUGCUGAAUUUGACAAUCUGGAGCAAGAGGUGGCAAUCGAUUCCUUGCUGAGCGUAGACCAGUACAGGGCAGUGGAGAGAGUAAACACCAAUCCAACUGAGGGGAGGAGGCCAAGAAAGGAUAUCGCUGAGGUUUCCGCUGCUGCUGAACCCCUCCUGCCAAAGGGCACAGCUCGUUAUGCAUCCUCGGUGAGAAAUGCUGCUCCUUUCUUGCUUCAUGGGACUCUUCGGGAAUAUCAGCAGAUUGGCAUUGAUUGGCUAGCUGCUUUGCAUAGAAGAAAGCUAAAUGGGAUUUUGGCUGACGAUUCACGAUUAGGCAAAACUGUGCAGAUCAUUGGUUUUCUAGCCCAUCUCGCCGCGAAUGAAGGCAUCUGGGGUCCGCAUCUGGUUGUGGUGCGAACUUGUAAAAUGCUUAAUUGGGAAAUGGAAUUCAAACGGUGGUGUCCGGGACUCAAAAUCAUGAUGUACUUCGGUACGAGAAAAGAACGUCGAGCCAAAAGAGAGUGUUGGAUGGAGCCCAACUCCUUCCAUGUAUGUAUCACCUCGUACAGGCUGCUGCUAAAGGACCACCAAGCUUUCCGAAGGAAGAGGUGGAAGUACCUAAUACUGGAUGAGGUCCAGCAGCUCAGGAACACUACUGAACGGCACUGGGAGGCCCUAUUCAACCUCAAGAGUCAGCAGCGCCUGCUUUUGAUAGGAGCUCCUUUACAAAAUACCCCAAUGGAACUGUGGACUAUGAUGCAUUUCCUGCUGCCUGGAAUUUCCAGAUCCUACCUGGAUUUCCCUGUGAAAGUUGGCACAGAUGAAAACCAAGACUAUUGCCACAAAUUGGUAAUAAGAAUGCAUAGGAUGAUCCAGCCAUUCAUCUUACGGCGAUCAAAGAGGGACGUGGAGAAACAGCUGCCGAAGAAAUAUGAGCACAUUCUGAAAUGCUGCCUGUCAAAGAGGCAGAAAAUCAUGUAUGAAGACGUCAUGUUCCAAUCUAGCACAAUAGAAGCCCUGAGGUCUCGCCAUUUUGUUAGUGUUCUUAACCUCCUGAUGCAGUUAAGAAGGAUAUGUAAUCAUCCUAAUCUGAAGUGCCCCAGGUCUGUCUGUUCAGCCUAUGUGUUCAGAGCACUGCAGUACACAGUUGCUUCUGUAGUGUUGAAAGUGCUUGAAUAUGACCCUUGGAAGAAUGUAGACUUGUCUGCCUUCAAUCUAACUGGAAUUGAAAAUAAACUGUCUCGAUACGAGACUCAGACGGUCAUUCCCAAACGGAAAGUGACUAGGAAACUCAUUGAGGAAAUCUACUACUCGCCAGAUCUCCCACCUAGGCCCAGACCAGUCAAAGUGAAAGUCAGCAAGUUGUUCCAGCCUGUACAGUACGGACAAAAGCCAGAUGACAGGACAGUUGUGGUCGUUGGUACUCAACCUCAGCGUACACCCAGCGCAACUUCAGCUGCAACCCAUCAAGGGCAAGUGCGUGGCAAGUCUUCAGCUGUGGCAGUGCCCGCUUCUCAGGUUAUGACUUCUGCCCAGGCACAAACCAACCACUUGUCAUUUGCAGCAGCGACUCCGUUUCAGAUGACUCAGACUUCUGCCAGUGCACCGGGACAGCAGCAGGCGGUGAACAGCACCAUCACCUCUAGCACAGCCAGCCCAGCCCUGGGCAGCACAGCAGGCCUGGUCACCCAGCAGGGACAGGCCGCUUCCCAGGCCACGCACUCGGGUCAGGCCCAGCAACAGGCCUCCUCCGCUCACACCACCCCGACAACCAGUGUGCUGCAUCAGAGGCUGGUGCUGACCUCACAGGCCCAGGCACGAUUGCCUAGUGGAGAAGUUGUUAGCAUCGCCCAGCUUGCCUCCAUAGCUGGUGGACAAGGACGAGGCACCCAGAAUAGUCAGCCCGUGACGCUGCACUUCCAAGGCAACAAGUUUACCUUGUCUAGCAGUCAGUUGCGGCAGCUCACUGCAGGCCAGCAUCUCCAGUUACAAGGUAAUGUCCUCCAAAUUGUAUCAGCACCGGGGCAACAGAUUAUGCGUCAACAAAGUCAAGCUCUGUUACAAACACCGUCCCAGGGCAGCGCUGUCCAAAACGCAUCAGCUGCAACUGGAAACCAGCAAGGAAUAGUACCCAGUUCUGUUUCCGCUCCUAUUUCAACGCAAGCGUCUUUCCUCACAACCAGAACAGUUAGUAGUUCAGCGUCUGGAGAGCAAGGAGCAAUCCUAAGGCCAAUAUCUUCUCUAGGAUCUGCUGCACAGGAUUCUAUAGAAGAAAAGAAAAAAUUCAUAAAGGAACGUUUGGACCGGAUUUUUUUGAUAAAUGAGAAACGGUGUUCUGUGGUGCCUGUCUAUGGCACAGAACUGUUGGGAGUCUGCUUCUUGAUUGGUGAAUAUAGACUUACAAAGUCUAAAUCAACUGGGAAUUCCUGGCUUUCCUCUGGUUAUGUGAACUGCUGCAACAUUCAGCAAUCAGUUAGUGACUGCUUUGCUGAGGUAACGUGGAAACGGACAGAUUCUUUGUCACGGACGAUCCUGUCCGCGGAUCAGAGGCAAGAAAGUAUGCAAGAUAUUAUUAAAAGGGUUCACUGUGUUGUUCCAAAUGUAGUGGCGUCCCCGCCAAUCCUGUACACGUUAAACCCUCCACCACCUUACGCGCACCGCAUGCGGCUGUUUAAAUCUAAUCUUAAAAAGGAGCUGGCUCCGUACUCCCAGCAGCUGCAGCAGGUUACAUCGACAACAAUGCUACAGUUAACUGACCCGAGGCUUGUACAGUUUGACUCAGGGAAAUUGGAAGCACUAGCUGUUUUGCUUCACAAACUGAAAUCAGAAAGACGCCGGGUGUUGAUAUUCACACAAAUGGUUCAAAUGCUGGACAUUCUGGAGAGUUUUCUGGACUACCAUAGUUUUGCUUUUGUGAGAGUUGAUGGUAAUGUUCAUCUUAACCAACGACAGGCGCUGAUGAAACUUUUUAAUACAGAUAAGCGCAUGUUCUGCGCCAUCAUUUCCACCCGAGGUGGUGCUGCAGGAGCUAAUCUGAUAGAUGCUGAUACUGUAAUAGUCUAUGACAGUGACUUGAACCCAACCCUGGAUUCACAAGUCCAGGAAUGGUGUGACAGAAUUGGAAAGUGUAAAGACAUCCAUAUAUACAGACUGGUUAUUGGAAACUCCAUCGAGGAGAAACUUCUCAAGAAUGGCACGAAGAAUUUGAUCAGAGACGUGGCUUCACAUGGGAGCAACUAUUGCACAGCAUACUUGCAACAGCAAACAGUCCGUGACCUGUUUGAAAUCCCUGCUUUCAUGGGAGAGUCUGCAUUGAAGCUAAAAGCAGAGGAGUUUGUCGUGCUCUCUCAGGUACCAUCCUUGGCAAACCAGAUCUCACCAAAAGAGACCAAGCCCUUCCUGGAGGCUCUGAACAGCAUUGAGCAGGAAAGUGGUGACCACGCUAAAUCGGGACAGACAGCAAGGGCAGAACUGAGGGAAGGUGUUGGAAAACCCAUGGAGCAGCGCAGGUGUAAAAACUACGAAGAGUCUGCAUACCUGGACGAAUUGGCUGCACUUGUUGAGCAGCUUACACCAGUUGAAAAGUAUGCAAUGAAUUACUUAGAGCUGACUCAAGCAUUUGUGACUCCUGCAGAGCAGAGACCGCCAGAGGAUCAUGUAAAAGCAGCCAAGCGAGUGUGGGAGUUUGGACACUUGCACUCUCUGAAGGAGGAAAGGAAGAGGCAACUAGAGGAUGAAGAAAAUGAUGUAUUGUUCACCUACAGUCGGGAGGAUGCUUACAAUAAGGAAUAUGUGAAAGAAGGUCAGGAUGGCCAGACUGAAAUAAUGCCUAUUUGGACUCCUCCAACACCGCCCCAGGAUGACAACGACAUCUAUAUGGAUCCUGUAAUGUGCCUGAUGUAUGACACUACUCCUAUUCUGGAAUCCAAACUACCCCCAGUUUACGUCCGCAAGGAGCACAAGAGACUAAAGAUGGAUCCAUCAGCUGCUGGAAAGAAAUUUAAGAAAGCUCGGCAUGGUGAGCCAGUCACCCCGCCACGGUCACUGUUCGACAGGUCCACACCAUGCAUGUUGAAGAUGCGCCGUGAGGCUAAAGAUCAGAAGAAGAACAUGUUCAUGAAACAGCAGACGUCAUUCGCUAAACCGUUGCCCACGCUGACCAAGCCCCCCGUGGACAGUGGGACAGACAGUCCUGAGUGGCUGAUCAGUGAGGACUGGGCUUUGCUGCAGGCUGUGAAACAAUUGCUGGAAUUGCCUUUAAACCUGGCCAUCAUUUCCCCGGCACACACACCGAACUGGGAUCUUGUCAGCGAUGUAGUUAACUCCUGCAGCCGCAUUUACCGAUCACCCAAACAGUGUCGCAACAGAUACGAAAAUGUAAUAAUACCGAGGGAAGAAGGAAAGUUGAUAUAUGAUGCUAAUCCAAAGAAAAAAACAAAAAGCAUUUAUAAGAACAAGAACAGUCGCCCACUGCGAACCAGCCAAAUCUAUGCACAAGAUGAGAGUGUUAUGCAUACUCAGCUCUUCACGAGCCACUUUGAGCUUGUGAAGCUUAUAGCUGGCAAAAGAAGCCUGCCAAUCAAACCUAUGCUGGGAAUGAAUCCCUUUCAGAAAAAUCCAAAGCACGCAUCUGUAUUGGCAGAGAGUGGAAUCAACUAUGACAAGCCUCUGCCACCAAUCCAGGUCGCCACGCUUCGAGCUGAGCGCAUAUCAAAAGAGAAGAAGGCAUUAGCAGAACAACAGAGAGCCCAGCAACUGGCACAGCAGCAACAGCAGGCUCAGCAAAAUACUCAGCCAGCUGUGCAACAACAACAGGGCUCGCAGGUUCAGGCUCCAGUGGUUCAGCAGGCUCAAGCUGUCGUACAAACUGCUGCAUCCACUGUUGCCAACACUACAGUGCUGCAGGCUGGAACUAUUAAAACAGCAGCUGGUACAACAAGCAUUCAGACUGCCACCGUUGGAGGCAAUGUCAUUGUGAAUACAGCAGCAGGAGUACAGCAAAGUACGUUUCAGCCUAUUAACAAACGCCUCACUCCACAAGUUAUCCCUGGAACUCUUACAUCUGCAGGGGGUACAACAGCCCAGGUCGUACAUGCUCAGCAGCGAACAGUCGCCACGUCUGCUGCUACCACAGAAGUCGUAGCCAUAGCGACCAACCAGGGUGUCCGAGCUGCAAUGGCUCCAGUGACGGCCACGGCAGCCGCUGUGGUGUCUACCAACCUGACUCCUGUGCAGUCCCAGACUAGGUCGUUGGUCACACAAGUCACCCCAGCUACAGGUAUUCAGCUGACCACUGGAAAACCCAUCUCCCAAGCACAAAUUCAGCUCUUCAGACAACCACAGACAGCUCCAGUACAGGUCCAACAAAUCCAGCCCCAGUCUCAAACCUCAGCACAGCUGAAGACAGUCCAGAAACUGCCGGAACAGUUAAUAAAAUUGAAACAGAAACAGCAACAGCAGCAGCAACAGCAGCUGGCACAGGUGACGCAAAGAAACACUGUCCUGACUGGUGCCGUGACCAACCUCCCAGUCGCCCGCAUUGCCAGAGUUUCUACGUCACAGCUACAGGCUCAGGGGCAGAUUCAGACUCAGCCAGCUCAGACUGCCCAAGUUACCCUCACCAAACCACCGGUUGUGUCUGUCCCUGCUGCAGUCGUGUCCUCUGGUGUAACAACGCUUCCUGUCACUGUUGCUGGAAUUAGUGUGGCUAUUGGUCAGCCUCAGAAAGGAUCAGCAGGAGGGCAGACAGUGGUGAAGACUGCCAUACCACCACAUUUUUCACAAAUGCAAGUCCAGCAGCUUCUGAAACUCAAGCAGCAGCAGCAGCAGCAGAAGGCUGGCCAGUCCCAGGUGGCACAGGGGCAAGCUGCUGUGCAGGCAGCAAUCACUGCCCAGCAGAAGAUAACUCAGCAGGUUACAGUGCAAUCACAGCAGCAGCAGCAACAACAACAGAAAGUCACUUAUACCACCUCCCAGCUCCAGUCAGGAAUGAAGCCACAGUUCUUGAGUGCUCAGACCCAAAAGCAGACAGGAACACAACAGAUGCAGGCACAAAUUCAGGUUACAAAACUUCCACAAAUGGUUCAACAGCAAGCAACUGUGGGGAGUAUCCAGCAGAUGGUAUCGACGGCUCAGCAGGUCCAGGCACAACCACAAGCAAUGACACUGUCCCAGGCAGCUACAGGCCAGCAAGUUCAGGUGAUUCCUGCAGCCCCUACUGCUCAGGUUGUCCAGCAGCAGCUUAUUCAGCAGCAAGUUGUAACAGCAGCGUCCCCUCAGAUUCAGACCCCGACCCCACAGAGCCCCGCUCAGCCGGCAGUGACCUCUGAUACCCAAGGCCAACAAGCCAAGGUGCAAGUGCGAGCUGCUCCUACAGUGAGACUGAAAGCCCCAACAAAACCAAACUGAGCUUGUUGAAUGAAGCGAGAAGCCCACCACUUUAAGAAUGUGCUUGCAGCAUUAGCUGGACUGUGCUAAGAACAAAUUGUACUAAGUUUGUUUUCACUCCACUGUGUAAUAGCCAAUGUAUAGAAAAAGUUGACCUGCAUAAACUUCAUGUAUAUCGUUUAAUAUUGAACCUUGGUGUUAAUGUAACAUGUUGAUGCACAGCAGAAAUUCUGUAAAUCUUUUUAAAAGAUAGAUAACUCUAAGGUUUAACCUUAGUCAUCUUUGUAUAUAUUAUUUUUUUUCUGGUACAUUUUUAAUGUGCCCUGUAUUUGUUAAAUUCAGAAAGUGGAUGUUAUAGGCAUGUGUUCAGUAUUUGUAAAUCUAUAAUGUAGUUGGAUGAAUGUUAAGUACUUAACUGUAGUUUUUUUUCAUUAUGUGAAAGUUGGAAAAAAGCCAACAGCGAUGAACUUCAGAAUAAGUUGUAUUUGACAUUCCUUAUCUAGAAAAAGACACGAAUGUUUAUUAACAAACUUUUGAUACAAGGUUUUUGUAUUUUUGUUACAUUCUUUUCAUUGCGCAUCCAUGGUUCAGGAUUUGUUUUAAAGUGAUAAUGUUUAUUUUUAUUCUGUAUGUAUAUGCACAUUAAAAAUGCAAUCUAUGCUACAAAGUUAUUUCCUCUAGUUCUUAGUGUACAUGUUGUACAGUAUUUGUUAUGGUUUUGCAUAGCAUCGUGUUAUAACAUCCUUAACCCUGUCCUUGAAAAUGAUUAAAAUUCAGUUGUGAUCGGCGGAAAGUAAAUGAUUGAGUAGAAUUGUAUAUAAAUAUUUUUGUUGGUCACUCGGUCAUGUUACCUUUAAUCUUUCCUUUGUUGAGCCAGAUGUAGAUUUUUUUUAAACAGCCGUGGUAUUUUUGUUAUGUAUGGUAAAUUUGGCGAAGGAUGAUGGAUAAAGUUUCAGUGACAGCCCAAGAUAACUGAGACCAAAGAGAGAGAGUGUGUUUUAAGUUUUCAGCAAACAUGACAGAACUGUUGAUUUCCGAUGAUAUUGUGUGAAAUUACUGUUACACUGUCAAAAUAUACCAGAUUGUUAGUUGUAUUCAUAAACCACUGCUACCACCUUGUAAUAAAUUAACAUAUUUGUAAAUGCA